AGGAUUAGGAAGAGGAAAAGGGAAGCACUUCUGCAGGAUACAGGAGGUAGCUCUAUUGAGCUUGACAUCUAUUUAAGAUGUCAAACUGAUGGCAUCAAUGAGGAGAGUGAUGAUGCCAAGUUUGACAUCUUGAGUUGGUGGUCUCGACACUCUGGAACAUAUCCGAUUCUUGCUGAGAUGGCUAAGGAUAUCCUAGCUGUUCCCAUCUCUUCUGUUGCCUCAGAGGCAACCUUCAGCUGUGGCAGUCAGAUUCUCAGUCCAUUCAGGUCUUCUUUGAGUGAUAUCAUGUUGGAGGCAUUGAUUUGUGCGGAGGAUUGGAUAAAGUAUCAAGAUGUCAGGGCCGGAGAUAAUGACGAUAGGGAAGAAGAUGAAGAGAUCAUGGAUUUGGAAAGCGUUAAUACC